AGAGAAUGGCUGGCAUGCUUUCUCGGAAGAAAAUAGAUCAUGCAGAAGUUCGUAGGUUCUUCCAAGGAUGUCGCGUUUUUUUCGUCGACGUCCGAGUGCCUGUUUUGUUUCCUGCGUCAUGGGCACGUCCUCCCGUCUCGCGCAGCUCUGUCCAACCAUCCGGAUUCUUACCCGCUAACUAACGGGGGCGGAAACCGCAACAUGCGGCUUACGUGUGGUUAAGAUUCCGGAUGGGCGGAACCGAUUUUCCCCGGAGUUUCCUCGUGUUUCUCGCUCAUUUUGUAGUUGUGUUGUCAGUAACAGGGUGCGGCGCUUCGCUGUAGUUACACCGCAGAGGCACGGAAGCAAAGCCGUGUGAGCCACGUGCCUCGUGGACAAUCGAGGCAGUUCUCACGAAACCGACACAGGGAAUUUAGUCUUCUCCGAUUCUUCUGUACUUUCCUCCGUUUUUUUAUUGGGAGAAGGUGGAGAGGCUUUGACUUUCCUGCACUUGUUCCCAAAGUUCAUCCCCCCAAAUUUUCUUCCCUGCAGCUCGCGCGUCUCCACGCCGGCACGCCACUUGUGAAGACCACUUUGCUGCCACGUGUGUCACUUCGAUAUAGUCAUAUUCGCGUUGCAUGUCCUUCCGCACCAUUGGUUGACCGUCCUUAACUGCUCGGCUUUUCAAGGGCGCGCCGUUACUUCCCUUCCGUCUGAGCCAGAGACGGUUAUGGCAUCGUGAAUAGCCUGGGGUUGCCGCGCCUCAGCUGUCUGUGGCUUGUAGUUUAUCAAUUCGUUUCUGAGACGUCUCCUCCUGUGGGAACCAGUUUCUAGUCUUGAAUCUGCGGCGACAGUGGUACACCAGUUAAGGUACGUAUACCGAUUUUCGCGAAAAAAACACCCUCGGCGGCACUGUCAUCCGCUCUCAUAGGGGGUACUGCCUACUUGCUCAGUCACGGAGGCAGUGUGACGCGGACACGCGACCCCAGAAAGCUUCCCCUUUGAGUUUCGUCUUGUGUCGUGAGUUUCGCUCUUCGUCGAGAAAAUGGCGAGUGAGCCGUUCAUUGAUUUCAAGCCCUCCAAGGCAGGGCUGCCGCCCAUGCCGGCGUCCCCCUCCCAGAGCAGCGCCGAAGAUGAGCCUUUGGUCAAGAGCGACAAGAAGGCGAAGAAGGAGCGCCUAAACUCCAUGAAAACCAAGUCUCUGAUGAUGGUCAACGCAUCAGCAGCUCUCGACGGAUGCGACGACCAACUUCUCCCAGCCACCUUUCGAGCUCUGGAACGCGACCUCAGUUUCCACCCCUCUCUCCUUGGAUACAUCACUCUCGCUCAGACAAUGUGCCUCUCGCUUCUCUGUCCUGUAUGGGGCUACUUGUCUGACCGUCACUCCCGCAAGUGGCUGCUCGCCUUCGGAACGUUCGCCUGGGGGCUGACCACCACUCUGCUCGGUCUCGUGUCAGACUUUUGGCAAGUUACAGCUCUGCGGGCUCUGAACGGUGUGUUUCUGGGUAGUGUCGGACCCAUAUCCCAGAGCAUUUUGGCCGACACGGCUGCGAGCAAGAGCCUCGGCUUCUCCUUCGGCUUGAUUCAGCUGUGCUCGUGCAUUGGGCGCCUCGUGGGUGGUGUCGUCACCACUUCUGUGGCGUUGCUCGACGUCGGCAUGCUGCGGGGUUGGCGUGUAUGCUUCUUCUGCGUCGGCGGCGCGAGCAUGGUUCUCGGACUCCUCAUCGCGUUUUUCCUCGAAGAAAUCCCCCGAAAGAAGUCACGGAGACGUGCGAAGUUCGUCGAUGAAAGCGGCGGAACCGGAGGGCCUACACCGCCAGCGCAGGAAGAGCAGAACUGGUUGAGCUUUUUCAAGGAUGUCUUCUCCCAGUCUCUCUCUACCCCGUCCAUCGUUAUCAUUCUCGCUGAGGGUCUCUUGGGCACGGUGCCUUGGUCGGCAUUCAGUUUCAACACGAUGUACUUUCAGUACUGCGCUAUGAGCGAUCUUGAGGCAGCCGUCCUCACAGGGUCUCUUCUCAUGGGCGCCGCAGCGGGCGGUGUCUUAGGUGGUCUUCUUGGAGACCGUCUCUUCUACUGGAGCCGGGGUCAUGGUCGUCCGCUUGUGGGCCAAGUGGCGAUGAUGUGCCGCAUUCCUCUGCUGGUCCUCGCGUACGUCGUAGUGCCGAAGGAAGAGGAAUAUUUCUAUGCCUACUUCCUUAUUGCUUUAUUUGUCGGCUUCACAUCGAUGAGUGGUGUCGCCGUCAACAGACCCAUUCUCUCCGAUGUUGUUCGCCCGGAUCACAAAGGAACCGUUUUCGCUGUCACUGUGGCUCUGGAAGGCAGCAGCGCCGCUAUCUUGGGUGCGCCUUUGGUUGGUGUUCUUGCGGAGUCCGCCUUUGGCUACGAGAGAACUUCACUCCUUGUCAAGGAUAUGCCUGACAGUUUGAGACUAGGAAACGCGUCGGCGCUGGCGAAGUCGCUUUUCCUGCUUACUGUGAUCCCGUGGUCAAUUUCAUUUGUCCUCUAUGGCAUGCUCCACUUCACCUACGAGAGAGAUCAGAUCGCGCUGGCGAAGAUUGUUCACGAGGAGUACGAGCACGCAGAGGAUGACGACGACGUCGCCCCGACGGACGCAAGUUCCCACGCUACUCUCGAGGACAACAUGUUCCGGGGUGUUGAAAGUGGAUCUGAGCAAGCGCCAUUUGCUACUGCGGAUAGCGAUAAUGAAACACAUCGGAGAGUGGCGUGAAAGGGAUGACGUUUCGCGAGCAACGACAUUUGCAGAGAAACUCUACAAACCGUCUAAACGGCGGGGAAUGUAGUGCAGCAAUGACGUGUGAGGCGUGGCUGAACGACAGCCGUUGUUGGUCUUUGCUGGGUGUCUGGCAGCAGUACUGAGCAGGUUGUUGGGCAGGAGAAAGUGUGCGCCAGUGGAUUUGUCAGAAAGCGGAAGUUCUGCAGACUGAGUAAGCACUUUCAUUUCCUCAGGAAAUGAAGAGGCGCCAAAAAGGUGACUGAUGUAGAGGUUCACAACGCAACUCCAUCAACUGCAGCGAACUUCUCAACUUUGUGUUCUCCACUGACCAAUGGCUGGCGUGCUGGUGGAUACUCGAGCUGCUGAAACUCGAUUCUGUUUAGUCAACAAGUAUUUGUGCACAGA